AUGUUUAAUCGUAUAAUAAUUAGUUGCAUAGGAGGUUUUAUUUCUGUUUAUUGUGCAGUUGUUGCAUUAUUAACAUUCUUUCAAAUUAAUUUUGCAACUUAUCAUUUUCCGGGUGUUUUAAAUGCUGGAUUUGCUUCUAUGUAUGGAAUACUUUCACCGAUAGGAUUAACGGGAGUUUUAGGUGGAAUUAAUCGUAAAAGGAAUUUAAUAAAGGGAUUUUUGUUUCAGUAUUGGAUAUCUUCAAUAUUAAUGAUUGGAUUAAGUGUUACCGAUAUAUUAUUAUUCGAUCAAUAUCAUAAAUUUGCUUUAGAUAAAUGUUCAAGUUCGUUAUCUAUUAAAGAAAGAAAGAAUUCACAAGCAAUAUGUAAUAAUAGACUACGAAAUAAUGAAAAAAUUACUUUUAUUGCUGCUUAUAUUCAAGGUGGUGUACUGGUGUUUAUGGGAAUUGUUUUAUUAUAUUGUGGAUAUAAAGAAUUAAAGGAAAUAAAAUUUGAUUAA